AUGAAUAGAAUGUACAUCUUAUCUGUUGUCUUAAUUGUAGUUGCUUUCAAUGCAGUAAUUGGUUGUAAACAUUCGCAUUCUGCAGCUCUCUCUCAAAUUAAAUCUGUUGGUAUUGGAAUUUCAUCAUCUGGUGGUUGCAGUAAUCGUAAUAAUCCAAGAUGUACAUCACUUGAACAAGUACGCUGUAAUGCAAUUCGUUGUUUGAAAACAUUGAAAAAAUCUUCAGGAUGUUCUAUCACAGUUACUGGAGGCACAGAAACUGGUCAUGCUGGUGGGACAUAUUCACAUUCGAAUGGAUACAAAAUUGAUAUUUCACUUAAUUCAUGUAUUAAUUCAUAUAUUACAAAACAAUUUGCUUAUAUUGGUAAACGAGGUGAUGGCGCUUCUCAAUAUAAAGCAUCAAGUGGCAAUGUUUAUGCUAAAGAAGGCAAUCAUUGGGAUAUUAAAUUCACUGCUUCGUGUUAA